GGGGACAGCAGUAGACCCCGAAGCUGCCCGCGAUUGUCACUGGGCACAAAAAUGUUUCUGCAGGAUGCGUCGGGCAGGUUGUCACCGCGACCACCGGGCAGCGCUUUGCUUCCACCCUGGUAAUUAGCAAACCGUGCUAAUCACCAAAUCACAGAAUCAGCCGGGUUUGGAGAAGAGCUCCAAGACCACCCAGCCCAACCUCUGACCCGACACUUCCAAGCCCUUCACUAACCCACAUCGCCAAGCUCGACAUCUGCGGCGCAUCCAAGGCGCUCCCCGGGCAGCGUCAACCGGACGAGGCUCAUCCAGCGCCGCGCGUCCGGUGGGGCCCGGCCCUCCCGCGGGAGCUUUCCUCGAAGACGGGGCCGGAGGAAGGCUUGGGGGAGACAUCCUCCCUUUGUGGGCUAUUGUUAGCCUUCCGCCACCUGCGGGGCCGCGGCGUGACUCAGGCCGGGGUGAUGCGCCCGAGCAAACAGGACGCGCGCGGGGCGGGAGGGAGCCCGCUGCGGCCCCAGGAAUGCGGAAGCGAGGGCGCUAAGUAGCUGAUAGCCAGAGAAAAGCCCCCCCGUGAUGGACAGGCUGGGAGAUCCUGGCUGAUGGACGCAAUGGGGGGGACGUGGGGGUCGCUGCCGUGUCGGCAAAGCACCCCCAGGUCCUGCCCGUGUGGGUGUCUCGGCUUCCACCACGUGGGUGCCUGCAGGAGGUGUCACGUCGUGGCUGUGGGGACGUGGAGCUGUCACUUCCCUUUGUCCAUCUGCGGAUCCCCACUCGUGUCCUGGCCGUGCCUCAGUCGUUACCGUGUUGGUGGCCUUACAGGGGCAGUUUUGGGGUGCCUCGUGCGGGGGUCUUGCACCUCUGCUGCCCUGGUCUGCAUGCAAGCAUUGGGGUUGGAGGGGACCUCUCCAUGUCACCUGGCAUCCCCUGCUCAGGCAGGGGCACCCAGAGCAGGUUGCCCAGGACCACUUCCCACCUGCUUUUAAAUCUCGCCAAGGGGGGAGGCCCCAGAGCCCCUCUGGUCACCCCCACAGUAACGCAGGCUCCCUGAAGGUCAGACAUUAACACGCCGCGGUUCAGUUUUUGCCUCUUGCCUCUUGUCCUGUUGUCGUGGUCAUCGUCUUCAGAAGAGCCUGGCUCUGUCCCCUUUGCGCUCUCCUUUCAGGCUCACAGAACAGGCCAGGUUGGCAGGGACCUCAAAGCCCACCCAGUUCCCACCUCCUGGCCAUGGGCAGGGACCUCUCCAGGUUGCCCAAAGCCCCAACCACCUUGGCCUUGAGCAUCUCCAGGGAUGGGGCACCCCCAGCUCCUCUGGGCAGCCUGUGCCAGUGCCUCACUGCCCAGAGCUGAGCGCAGGGCUCCAGGAGGGGUCUCAGGGGGGCAGAGCAGAGGGGGACAACCCCGUCCCUCGCCCUGCUGGCCACGCUGCUGUCGGUGCCGCCCAGGACACGGGUGGCUUUCUGGGCUGCAAGCACACGCUGCCAGCUCACGUCAAGCUUCUCAUCCACCAACACCCCCGGGUCCUUCUCCUCAGGGCUGCUCCCAAUUGCUGGGCGCAGAGGCGAGACCGAACACCUUCCCUUUUUCCCCUCCUAAAAACGGGGUGAGGUUUCCCCUCUUCCACUCGAAAGGAGACUUCACCUGACCACCACGGCUUCCCAGACCCGACGGGGAGAGGCUCGGCAGCUACACCCACCGGCUCCCUGGGGACCCUCGGAUGCGCCCCACCGGCUGCCCCCCGCCUUGUGCCCGCUCAGCCCGGUGCCUACCGCGGGGCUCAUGCAUCCCCGGAGCGGCACCGGGGGGGACGUGGCCAGGACGGCAACGGGGGGGUCCCGGAGGGCCGGGGGGGGGCUCAACCUCUGCGGGCGGAGGGGGCGGAGCGGGGCGGGCGGCGGAGCCCCCCCGGGGCGGGCGUGCGGCGGGGCCGGGCCGGGCUCUCGCCGCCUACAAAUGCGGCGAUCCCGGAGCGGGGCCGCCACCGCCGCCGCCCCCGCCGCCUCCGCCGCUUCCCCCCCCCAGCCAGCGGCUCCCCCCCGUGCCCGGCGGAGCAUGGCGGAGCGGCGCUGGCUGCUGCUGCUGCUGCUGCUGCUGCUGCUCUGCCUCGCCCUGGCCGCCGCCGCCGCGGGGACCGCUGCCGGAUGGGACGGGGCCGCAGCGGGGCCGCAUCCGAGUCCUGGUGCGGCCGCGGGGUGCGCGGCGCGGGGCUGGGCAGCGGGCGGGUGGGUGGCGAAGGCUCCGCCGCCCCCGGCCCCGGCUGUCCCACAAGGGCCCCAUGCCCUUCUGACCCAGGGUCGCCAGCAGCCCUCCAGGGACGCCUGCCCCAGCUGCCAGCCCUGCUCCCUAGCCUGGUCUGCUCGGCCCUAAGCCCCCUGCUUGGGGGUCCCAGCCGUGAGCCCUGGGCUGGCGACACCUCCACCACCGUGGCUGUCCCCGGGUCGUGUCCCGUGGGUGGCACCGUGUCCCCUCGCCGCCUCCCGGGCUUUGCCCCGUGCCCGGCUCGCCGGGUCGGUGGGCUUUGCAAAAAGCACUUUGUAGGGCAGAGGAGCUCCCUCCCUGCCCCGUCCCUGUCGCCCACCUGCCCCGGCAGCGUGGCUGGGGAGGGUCUAUUUAUUCUCGUGGUGCUGACCCCGCCUGAGCUGCCCUCCCCUCCUUGGCCACCUCUGCAGGACCCCCUGGGGCGUGGGGUGCCCACCCGUGGGGUGCCCUCCCAUGGGGGUCUCUGCGUGAAGCACUAACGGAUGCCAAAGGGGGGCCGUAGUGGUGGUGCCGGGCCCUGGUGGUCACCGUGUCUCUCGUGUCUGUAAAGAUUUGUUCUGUGUAAAUACAUCUUUAUAAUAAAGAGCUAUGAUGACAAUAAA